AAAAGUCCAAAACAUCCUGCGGAAGAAAGCAACCGUACUGAGCAUCAACGAAGGGUCAGGGACGAAGAAACGAAUAAUAUAACAAUGGCUCUCUCAAGACUGGCGGCCAGACGGUUAACGGCUGUUUUGAACGGCGUGGUGCGUGCGAACAGAAGAUCGAUCUCCCUUAAAACCGCAACAAUGGCCGAUUUCAGGAUCGAGAAGGACACGUUCGGCGAACUGAAAGUGCCCAAUGACAGAUACUAUGGGGCGCAGACCGUACGUUCCACCCUCAACUUCCCGAUUGGCGGCGAGUUCGAACGCAUGCCGUACCCGGUCAUCGUGGCCAUGGGCAUCCUGAAGAAGGCGGCCGCCCUGGUCAACAAGGAGUAUGGCCUGGACCCGAAAAUAGCCGAUGCCAUAGCCAAGGCGGCCGACGACGUGAUCUCCGGAAAGCUCUACCACGACCACUUCCCCCUGGUCAUCUGGCAAACCGGCUCUGGCACCCAGUCGAACAUGAAUACCAACGAGGUGAUCGCCAACCGUGCCUUUGAAAUCACCGGCGGCAAACUGGGCGAAAAGAACCCCAUCCACCCUAACGAUCACGUCAACAAGAGCCAAAGUAGUAACGACACCUUCCCCACCGCCAUGCACAUCGCCGUGGCCAUGGAGAUCGAGCACACCCUCCUCCCCGGCCUGAUGAUGCUGAAGGACUCGCUGAAGAAGAAGGCGCACGAGUUCGACAAGAUCAUUAAGAUCGGUCGUACUCACACGCAGGACGCGGUGCCCUUGACCCUGGGACAGGAGUUCAGCGGCUACGUUACGCAGGUGGAGUUCGGCAUCGCCCGCAUCAAGGCGACGUUGCCCCGUUUGCAUAUGUUGGCGUUGGGUGGUACCGCCGUGGGUACGGGUUUGAACACCCGCAAGGGCUUCGCCGAAAAGUGUGCGGCCAAGAUCGCCGAACUCACCAAUCUGCCCUUCGUGACCGCCCCUAAUAAGUUCGAGGCGUUGGCGUCGCACGACGCCAUGGUCGAGGUCUCCGGCGCCCUCAACGUUAUCGCGUGUUCCAUCAUGAAGAUCGCCAACGAUAUUAGGUUUUUGGCAUCCGGACCGCGUUGCGGACUGGGCGAACUGAUGCUCCCCGAAAACGAGCCCGGCAGCUCCAUCAUGCCCGGCAAAGUCAACCCGACCCAAUGCGAGGCCAUCACCAUGGUCGCCGCCCAGGUUAUGGGCAACCACGUGGCCGUCACCGUCGGCGGUUCCAACGGCCACUUCGAACUGAACGUAUUCAAACCGGUGAUGGUGGCCAACGUGCUCAGGUCCAUCAGACUGUUGGGCGACAGCAGCAAAUGCUUUACCACCAACUGUGUCGACGGCAUCGUCGCCAACCGCGAACGCAUCGACAAACUGUUGCACGAAUCGCUCAUGUUGGUCACCGCACUGAACCCACACAUCGGCUACGACAAGGCCGCCCAAAUCGCCAAGACUGCCCACAAAAAUAACUCCACACUUAAGGAAACUGCUAUUAAAUUAGGUAUCCUCACCGCUGAACAGUUUGAUGAGUGGGUCAAACCCGAAGACAUGUUGGGACCUAAGUAAAUGGAUAAGCUCGUACGGAUUUUGUUAUUUUGUAUGGUAUUAAAUGUCGGUAUUCCUGUUUUGCACCAUCCCUUAUGUUGUUGUUAACAGUUGUAAAUAUGUCUAAAUAGUAAAUGAUUUAUUGUAAGAUUAAACCAUGUUGUUGAUUGUUUUUUACCUUUGGGUAUGACAUUUGGUAUUACUACAUUCAAAAUAUCCGUAUUUUUAAUUCGGUUUAAUCAUUAGAAUGUUAUUUAUUAUUAUAUAAAUAAAGUUAUUUGUAUAUUU